GUUUUAAGAGGUGCUUGAAGUGAACUAAUCCAAUUACUUCACUUUAGUGACGUUUGUUCGUGACUGGUCUAACUGCUCGAACGAUGGCAAGUACACCCGAGGACGUUGUGAUGGAGGCGGCACAGGCCGUCGAAUCUAAGGAGGCUGUGGAAGUCGUGGAAGCUGCGGAUUCUGUACAGGAUGUCGAGAUUGUGGAGGUCGUGCCACCGCCCGCCAAGCGCGUCAAGAGUGAAACGACUGGGCGCUCGUGUAAGUUCUGUAGCAACAAGAAAAUUGUGGCUGCUGGCUGUGCCUUCCAGGCCUGCAAGAAGUGCUGUCUGGCGCGUGAGGGCGUGUGUCCCACCCACCCAAAAGAGAUGGAGAAACCCGACGCUGAACAUGCCAAGCCCAAGAAACCUGUACUGAAGAACGAAUUCCGCGAGACCAAUUUCCACUACUAUGGCGAAACAGUGACAAUAUUCUGCGUGCGAGACUUCUUCGAGAACAAGAAACUGAGUCAGGGUGUACUGAACGACCAGGAGCGCGCAGAACGCGUGAGCGGGAAGGUGUGGGGUCGUCGCAAGAAGAAAAACGCCGCCAAUCCCAAGACCAAGGAGCUGAUUCAGUGUGCUCUAGGCAAGAGACCCGCUCCCGAGGGCUAUGGAGCUGACGCACCUGCACCGAUUACAGUCGUUGACGCAUAAGAAGGUGGAUAACCUGCUCUUUUCAUUUUUAUUUGAAGUUAGUCUUUCAUCCAGCAAGGCAUGUCGUUUGCGUCGGUCUCGGGUGCUGCAAUUUGGACGUCAGAAGUAGCUGGAUUGUCAAUUGCUGCUGAUUUUCGGUUUUUCAGGAACAUGACUUCUUCUUGAAGCUGCUUGGUGCGGAACUGGAAGUCACGACAGUACCUUCGAGCACUCUCCAACUCAGUAACGGCGUCUUCCAGUUUCUUCUCCUGAACAAAGUUGACGCUUUCGAGAGCAGCAAUUCGAGCUUGUAGAUGUUUGGUCUGCGAGCUCAUUUGGCCCCUGCGUGCUUUCAAUUCACUGUUCUCUUUUGUUAGUGCUGCGAGUUGCUCACGUAACUGGUUCUCGACCUGGCAUAGCUCACUCCUCUUUUUCUCCAUGUCAGCCGUUCGUGAAUUAGCA